GUUUUCAGAAGUGCCAAGAGAGCUGCCAAGGCAGGGAUGCAAAGGAGGCUCCUGAAGAAGAGGAAGGAAAAUGAAAUAAUGAAAUGGAUUGGUAUAUGGAAUUGUAAUUUGUAAUAGUUUUAUGUUAUGAUUCUAUUUUAUAUGACGACUAUUCAAAUGCACGACCAAAAUAAGGAAACUGGGAUAUUAACUCGAUAAACAAGAUUUGAAAAGUUUACAGUUCCAAGAUUUGAAAAGUUUCCGCCAGCACUUCGAAUCACAAUCAGAUGUUUUGAUUGGCUCACAGUACCUUGUUGCUAUGAUACGCCGGCUAACAGAAAUCAUUCAACAGCUGAUAGCUCGAACACAAGAAAAAAGAACGGUACAUAAUCACAAGGAGAAAUACGAAUAGUCUUAUCUAAUCGCAAAGUGAUUACUGUUUUUCGACGAAAACAGACACCUGCAUACUAGCAUUAACAGUCAUUUCAUUGAAACAGCCAAAAACUAACCUAUUGAAACAGCCACUAAGACACCCUAAAUCCAGCAUCCAACAUCCAGACUGACAAGUGGCUUGAGUAAUGGGGACUACUCAGCAGUUUUCAUUGCGAUGGAACAAUUACCUGCGGCACAUCAAAGGAGCGUUUGAUGCACUAAGAACAGAUGGAGACCUGGUCGAUGUCACACUCAGCUGUGAAGGCCAGAAAAUUCGCGCUCACAAAAUGCUACUAUCUGCUUGUAGCACCUAUUUCAGGGAUCUUUUCAAGGAAAACCCUUGCCAGCAUCCGGUUAUUAUUUUCAAAGAUGUGAAGUUCGUUGACCUGAAAGCGCUCAUCGACUUCAUCUACCAGGGCGAAGUGAACGUCGUCCAAGACCAGCUCUCCUCUUUCCUGCUCACAGCUGAACUGCUCGCCGUGCAGGGCUUGUCUGAUGGCUCCAACAAAGAUGGUCCCGAAACCUCAAAUACCAUGAAAGAGCCGUUUGAUCUAUCGCCACCGCAAGAGCAGCAGCAGCAGCAGCAGCAGGCGAGCAGCGACGGCAGCGAUCGUAGCGGCAGUCCACCGCACUCACCGCCAGCUGUCAAAAAGCAGCGCAGGUGUAGUGACGUCACUAGUCCGGCAUCAUCCGUCAUCUCGGACAGUGCUAGUGUUGGCGAACAUUCAGUGACAGAGAAACAGUGCUCACCCACCUUGUCCGACCGUUUGUUGUCUGCACCGGACCGUAACCGUAACUCAUCCGAACCGGUGUCCGUUCCGUGUCGGAAACCGGACAGUAUUCGGCCAGUGGACUUGAUCAAAGUAGAAAUGCCCGACUACUUGGACCAGGACAGUGUGCAGUUGUGUGGGGGUGGGGGUGGUGGUGAUGGUGUGACUAGUGACAUUGGUGUUGAGAAUCUGUCAAGGAGGGACUCCACGCCUUACCUACCUACCCACAAUUCACAGGACGAUCAUCGUGGUCUCAAUUCCUACCUGGAUAUAAGUCGAGUAAUGGGGCUGUGUGGACCAUCAUCAGCAUUAUGUCCCAGGGAUCUAACACAGGAACUAAACUCUAUGCCAUCACUGCGAUUAUCAGACCGCUUCCCGUGCAAAUACUGCGACAGAACGUUCAACACACUGCCAAUCCUGGAGAGGCACAUAGCUGCCAGACAUCAGCUCCAGGAGGAAAUGUUCUUCUGCUCGGUGUGCGCAAGAUAUUUCAAAACAAAAUGGAGUCUGUCGACACACAACAGUCGCUAUCACAAGGCCAAGCUACCUCUUCGCAACAGAAACGAAACUGCUGAGUCGUCAUGUUUUCAAAUGCAAAGACAGGUUGAGGCGGUACAACAGAAGACUUGAAAACAGUGAUAAAAAUGGUAUUAAUAUUGCUGUGAAGAUUUUUAGUCAGUGUGGAUUGUAGUUAACAUUUAAUUGCUCAUUUUGUGUCAUUGUUUCUGUGUUUGUCAUUGUUUUUGUGAUUUUGGUGUAAUAAUCAAUAUAUGAUUGUUAUGUUGUUAUUGUGUAUCAUAUUCGGUUAUUAUUUAUUGGUCGGAUUGAUAUUAUCUGGCACCUGAGCCGUAGUGAUAGAUUCGGGACUCUAAAAAUUAUCAAAUUCCCAUGUAGUUGAACUACAUAUCAGUUUAACAAAUUCUACAUAUAGUAAUUUCCUUUCAUACAAAUUCUGCUAAAUUGAAAACUCUCGAGAAUUAAAUAUUGAUCAAAGUACGUAAAACGGGAUAACCAAAGAAAAAGUCAACUUCUAGAAUCAUACAAAAAUUUGAAUUAAAAAAAUUCAGACAUAAUGAUUCAACGAAUAGCUUUAUUGGCGCUUCCUAUUGAAAGUCAUUUUAGAUUUUUAUUUUUCAGAUCAUUUUAUGAUAUUUUUAGUGUCAUUCGAACUAAGAGUUCUACAGUGUCUCAUCUUAUUUUUCCAUCUCUAGCAUGAGUUCAUGUUACUUAAUUGAUAUUACUCUACCUUUCAUACCAGAUCAUUGCAGCAUUAUUCAUAGUUAACAAAAACUGCUGUAUGAUAUUAUUUUACAGAAAAUAAAUUUUUGAAAAAAUCUAUUGAAGAAUGUACAAAACUGAAUGUGCACUACUUGAAAAGUGAUAAGCUUUAUUGAAUAGGAGUUUUAAACUAAUUUUAUUAUAUAUUUAUUAUUUAUUAAAACCGAACUACUGUAUUUUACAAUGAUUUUUUAUAGAUUUUACAUUAUUCAGUAAGUGAACUUAAUGCGUCGAACCACUCUUGUUGUGCAAUCCUUAAUAAUUGAGGAAAAUAAUUAUUGAUCCACUUGAAAUAAGCAAUAUUUUCACAUCAACUAAUUUGUCACUUCUUGUGCAAUCCUUAGAACCAACGUUCUUGUUCUAUUCAAAUUAUGAAAAGAGCCACAUAACUUUUAUAUGCAAUUCAUGAAAAACUGAUAAUGGAUUACAUUAUAAAAUUUAUAGUAUAUUAUGUUAAUUAAAGUUCACCUAGUAAUGUAUUCCAACAAUUUUAUAUUGAGGUGAACUCUAUCGCAUUUUUGUUAAAAUGGAAUUUUCAAUAAUUUUGAAUUUUAAGCUUGUAAAAUUGUUUCAAGCUUUAUAAUCUCUUUUUUGUGAGUUUAGAAAAGUGUCAAAUAUAUAUAUUUUUUAAUUGAUGAAUAUGUGAUAUGUAGGCUAGUAUUAGUGUUGUGUCAUGUAAUUAAGUUAUUCGAGUACUAGUACCAGAUUUGUCGUCUUAAUCGUAUUAUAGUGUUAAAUAAAUUUACUCUGAGCCACAAAUGGCAACCACAUGCUCUCCUAAAAUUUAAAAAUUGUAGAUUUCUGUUAUUUGUUGUAACACGUGCUCUGGACAUAUUGUAUUUAAGAAUAUGAACGCUCGAAGAGCUAGAAUAAUAAAAAGA